CGUCGCGUGCAGAUCGCAAAUCGCCAGCAAAAGAGAUACUUCCUCUACAAUAUACAAUAUCUAUAAGAAAGCUGAAGAUCGAAUUGGCAAGAGCGUUAAACCAAAAACUGGUAGCGGUAGUACCAAUCUUUGUUGGUGGGGAGUGAAAAGAAAUGGGGAAGUGAAGUGGUUGAGCGACAGAAAAGUGAAGAUGUGAGGAGCUGUAGAUGUGAAUAUUACAUUGAAAUCGAAGGCCAGUCAAAGAAAAAAUAACAGAAACCAAGAUCAAACAAUAGAUUGUUAUUGUGGCUGCUGAAAACGAGAAUGAAUCAAUAAACCUAUUAAAACUAACUGUAAACUUCAAAAGUAGCACAGCAUCUGCAAAAAAGAAGAUAGACGUUUUCAAUUUAAAUAUGGUUAGUCAUUGGAAAAAGUGUCUACUGUGGUCGCUGAUAGCCCUCAGUGGCUGCCAGCUAAUUGCCCCACAGCAGCUGCAGGGUCCUCCUCGUCCCAGGGGGCGUGUACGCAUUGCGGAUAUGCAAAAUCCCGCUUCAGUCGGCGGGGCACCUGCUCAGGCCUUGGGAAACUGGCCAAGUGUGCCGGCUGCAGGCCCCAUCAGUUCCACUGUGCACACCCACAUUCCACUGUUGCGCGAGGAGACCGCCCCCCUGCCGGCCACGCCCAGUCAGGAGGCGGUGGUGUACGGCAACUGGAAGCCAGAGCAUCCGGAGAGGCCCGAAAGGGUGUACACAAAAAUCGAGUCGGAUCCGCAGCCCAAGGAGCGGGUCUACGGACGCUUGGAAGCCAUGCUCAUGGGAUUACCAGCAGAUGCUAUUGAUGCCAAGCCAUCAAGUUCCAGCGAAGAGCUGACCGCUCCUAUUGCCCCUGGUGGCUACCAGAAUCCUGCCUAUUCCCGACCAGUCAGUCGUGAAAGUUCGGCAGAGAAAUAUGGACGCCGGCGCAUCAGCACUCAGCAGGCGCCACAGCAAUUCGAGGUGGCCAGGGUUAACGAUUCGGAACCCAUAUUGAAGGCAAUAUCCAAGCAGAUCAACGAGUCCGUGGAGACGACGACGGACAAUCGAAAGAAUUCCAAGAAUUCCGCCGACGACAACUGGUUGCCCCUGCCGUAUCCGUAUCCCUACGAUACCACAAUGCCAGCUCCACCUGCAACGAGCUCCAUGGUUCCAGGAUUUAUGCAAUCCUCGGUGGUGCAUCCACCUGUUCCUACUCAGCCCACUAGAUCCACUGCGGGUCUAUUGAACUGGCCCACCGAUUUCAUCGACAGCACAUCUCUUACGGUAAGCACCGAAAGGAUAGAUGGGAACAUGCAGGGGAGCAUUGACCGGCGCGACGAGAGCGCCUCUGAUCCUGUGGACGAGUACAAGUACUACGAGGAUUCCCUGAACUCCGCCCAGAUGCACAGCGAACUGAGUGUUCCAGAGACCGUGCCGCUGAAUAUUACCCGGGUAGGCAUCCCGUACGAGGAUCGAAAUGCCUCUGAGGAGCCGACCAUAUGUGUUCCUCUCACCGUAUCGGAAACUUCGCUUUCCUCCGACAGCAUUUUGCCCCAGGUGGUGGAGGUCGAAAGGAUCUACUGCUUCCCCCUUCCCAAGGUGGAGAUACGUCUUGGUCAUGCUCGUCCGCAGGUGGAACAGGUGACGAGGGAGCAGGAGAUACUAGAGGCAGAUAUGGAUAUACAGCCAACGGAAGCGGCUAUACCGAGUAAUUCCGGAGCCAGAUCCCCGCGAAGAUCACUUGAAACACUCGCGGUGCUCCUCGUUAUUGCUUGGAGCUUGCGGCCAGAAAUUAGUAUUUAGAUUAAGUAUCACUUGACCUUAACACAACUCAGGGGCUAUUCGCUAACUGCACUUACUUAAAAAUUAAACCUAAGCCAACACAUGAAAUUCACUGCUUUUGUAUUUUGGGAGGAAGUAGAUGACUUGUUUAGCUCUAAGAAGAAUAUAUAUUUUAUAUAUUUCAAUGAAUUUAGAAUAACGCUUUAUUCUACGUGUAAAGGGUAUAAUUAAAGUGUAAAUAGUAUGAGCAUUUAAAUUGGGAUUAGUCGAUUGUUGAAGUCGUAAACAAGAACUGAAAACUUCUGUAAACUGUAAACUUCUUAAUCAUUCCUUAUCUCUGUGGAUUUUAUGAUUAACAAUUUCAUUCAUAGAAAAAUACUAUUCGUUGUAGAAGUCGUAAAACUUUUAACGUCUGGCAUGAGUUAAUUGCUGGCCUUUCUUUGAUAAGAAAGUUUUGAGAUUGCUCGAACUUUCUUAGUCCGUCCAGCUCACCACGCCAGAGUGAAGGUGUAUUUCCAUGUGCAUUGCCAUAUGCUUCACAAUCUCCUGGACCUUAACCACUUGGGCACCCGCCUCAUCACCAAGCCGCUCAACAUUGAUGCUCACUACGCAAGCCUCCUGCUCUUGGGGAAUCCUUGGGAUAGUUGUCUCUAUCUCUGGGUCUCUAGCAUGGUAUCAGGAAAACCUGUCAAGGCAGAAAGAUAUCCGCGAGGCAGUACUGCAUCGUUGAUCUUGUACCUUUUCACCAUUUGCACAAAAUCCUUGGGGACAACUGUAUUGAAUAAUGAUAUAAUUAGGCAGGACAUCCAAUCGAGACCACUUGGUGUAAUGAUAAACACUUCACUGAGCAGAUAUCAACAAGAAAGUUUUACUUAUACCUAGUAAAAUACUAACCUCUGUACUAAGUUAUCAGAAGCUUCAGCAAUCAAGUAUGUAUUAUUAUUAUUAUUAAUAAAAUACUUAAUGUAUAUCAAAUCUA